CAACAUAGACAGUCCAAAAUAUUUUAGCCGACACAAAAAAAAAAAAAAAUUUAAAAAAUGCAUCGGUUGAAACAAGGUUUGGUGCAGUUUAAAAUAGGACAGAUCUAUGCUAAGCAUACUUUGUAAUUAAUAUAAUGGACAAAAGGUGUUGUGUGGACGCAGCGGGGUUGCAGUGAAAAUAAGGUUUACUUGCGAGCUAAGCUAACGAUCCGAAAACAGCAAGCAGAACAAGGGGCAUAUGAGCAAGAGGGACAGGGAGGGAGAGUGUAACAGGCCCCGUUCAACUCUUGUCCAGUCUAAAAGAUGGAUGCAUAGUGAGAAGAGGAGUGGCAUGGAGAAAAUUCCCAUGCCUAUAAGAGUAAAGAAGGAGGAUAUUUAUUUUGGCAUUGAAAAGAUGACAGGCAUAUUUGCUGAAACAUGGAAAGUGAGUUGUAUGUCACAUGGCCUAAAUGGAUUAAAAAUUAACAAUCACUGACUAAUGAGCCCAACAUAUGGUCCUUGGGAUAAUCCAUCUUUAUCUAGGAUGAACAUGAACUCAGGAAUGUAACCAAGCAAGUCAAAACAACUAAUGAACUAGGUUUUGUCUGAGAAAGAGUAAACAUAGCACUUAAAUGUGCCUCUCUCUAAAUGUGAACACGAAACAUUACAUGUAUUCUUUCCACUGAUGUUGCAUAAAAGACAAGUUCUAAGAUAUUGACAUUGAAGAGGAACUGACCAAUGUGCAAGUCAAGGAAAACAUUGACAAAGCUUUGUAUUGUGAAAAUAAAAGUGAGACAGAUUUUCUUAAUCAGAGACAUUUGAUUUAGGUAACUAUGAAGCUCUGAGACACAGAACUGUUAAAAACUCAUAAAUCAAACAUAACCUUUGAAUUGUGUGUUUCAGAACUGGAAUAUCAGAGACCAUAUAGAAAAAGCUAUUGUGCCCCUCAGCUUCUGCUUGGCACAAUUGUCUCUAAAGUCGGAGCAGCUGGUGGUUGUCAUCUAACAACAAAUCAGUCCAAUGCAGGCCAUAUGCAAGGGUGGACUGAAAUAGGUUAGAGAAGCAACAGUGUUUCCUUUACAGGUUGCACUUGUCGUUGUCACACCUCAUCUGGCAAUUUCGGCGCAACAGAUAUUGCUGCUCCUUGAGCAGAAGGUGCUGCCAUCGCACACCCAUGUUUCAGUGACUGGGAAAUGUUCCAGUUUGGAAAAUACAAUGUGGACAUCAUAGAGAUGCUGAGUGGACACCAAGCCCAUCAGUUCAAAGGUCUUGGAUUGGAGAGACAACUACAACACCAGCAGCAAGUGCAGCUUCACCAGCACCAGUUGCAGCAGCAACAACAGCAACAAGUAGAAACCUCUGGGGCUAUUUUAUCUGGACUUGGCUUGGGCCCACUCCAAGGAUCUAGAACCAGUGCCUUCUCUGAUUCGGCAUCGAUCUUUGCAAAAAUGAGCGCACCUCCACCACCACUACAGCAGCAGUCACUGUCUUCGUCCUCGCAGAGUUCAAGGAAGUCAAGUAAAAUGUCUGGGGGCAGUAGCAGUGGAGGGAGUCAUGUGAGUGGCUACCCUCAGUUUCUGCGGUCAUUUCAUCCAACCGAGGCAGCACUAGCACAAGAACAGCUGCACCCGGGAGUUGGACGGUUUGACCAUUUUGCAGGUAGUAGUGGAGGUGGAGGAGGUUCGGGAGGAAUUGGGGGGCUAGUGUCAUCUGUUCCACCGCCACCUCCCCCAUUACAUCCAGGCCUUUCUGUUCCUCAAGCAUCCCCAGGACCAUCCUCCUCUUCUCCAUCUCCUUCAAGUUCUGUUUCCAGCUCCAACAACCCUCCGAGCAGUAGUACGGUAACCUCCCUAGGUCACCAGUUGGCAGGUCCCCCGUCUGAUGCACGGAGCUUGCAUCAACAGUUCAGCUGCAUGCUAGCAGCUAAUCAGUAUUUUCUCUCCGGAGUGCCGGCUAAUUCCAGCUUAGAGCAGUUUUUGGUCCAGCAAGGCAGCCACAACCACCUUGGCCUUGGUCUGAGCCAAACUGGGGGUGAAUCGAGUUCUGGCCUUGCUCCGCCCCCUGCCCUCCACUCCUCCCACACACACAGCCACUCGGCCAGCUUGCCACAGCCACAACAGCAUCCACCACAACAGCAACAGCUGCCGCCUCACACUCUGUCUCAUCCGCAUCCACAUCCGCAUCACCCUCUUCAUUCCUCCUCUCAGCCUUCCUCAUUAGGCAGUUUUGACUUUCAAGGUAUCCCCGUCCUCUCCUCCAACCAGCUGGCCUCUCUGAUGCAACAGGAAGCUGGUUUACCUCUUCCUCUGCCUCUACACCUCUCCCUCUCCAAGGAUGAAGGGAAAGGAGACGGUACAGCAGGUGGAAGCGGAGGAGGCAGGAGGAAGAAAGCGAUGGCUGGCUACUUGCCUCAACGGAAAUCUGACAGCAGUGGCAACAAUAACAACAGCAGUAACAGUCACAGCUCCGCAAAUCCUAAUCCCAGCAGCAGUAGCACCUCAGGCGGUCUCAGCCAAGAUAACCCAUCCGGGCUUGGUGGAGGUGGGCCUGUUGGUAUGUCGGGCCUUGGUAGAGAUCCUCCUCCCCACUUGACCCCUUCAUCUUCCUCCUCAGUAGUGUCAUCAUCUUCCUCCGCUGCUCCUUCUUCUACAUCUGCAUCAGUCUUGGUGACAAAUAAUUCUAAAACUGACAAUCACGGCUCCAUGCCCCCGCCAUCAUCUCAGCCCGAACCAGAACCGCUUUACCAUUGUGGAGAGUGUGGGAAAACUUUCACACACCUCUCCAGUCUACGCAGGCACUUGCGAUGUCACGAGAUAACCACGGCAGGUACGGCAGGCACCAGAAGCAACAUUGUGAAUCCCGUUCUGCACCCAGCGGAUCCCAGUAUUCCCCACUCAACCCAAGAGAGUUCAGCAUCAUCGUCAUGCCACAGUCCUGACAAGAAUUUCCAGUGCUCAGAUUGUGGCAAAGGAUUCAAAAAAAAGGGGCACCUUCUUCAACACGGUGUCAUCCACUCCGGUGCACGGCCAUAUGCCUGCACUACUUGUAGCCGUGCAUUUAACCGGCGUGAGUCCCUUACCCGUCACGAAAAGAUUCACGAGGAGAAACCUUUCCGUUGUCCAGCUUGUGGCCGCUGCUUCCGUGAGAGCACGUCAUUGCUGAACCAUGCAGCCUCAGGCACCUGUGGCAAGUCAGGGAGAGGACCAAGACCGAAGAAUGACAGCAGCAGCUCUGUAGUUGGUGGAAAGAGCAAUAAAACGGGGGCUUCCAGUGAUGGAAUGGUAACUAGUGCAGUGGUGUCUUACCGGAGUGAUGGUUACAACGAAAACUACAAAGACCAGCGCUCCCAAGGCAACCUGUACUCCGGAUCGUCGUUAUGCGGUGGAGGCAUAGGAGGGGCGGGACUUAGAAAGACACCGUUAGCCCCUACUUUGCACCCGCACCCACAGGGCCAAAGCCAACAGCCGCCGCCGGCACAUCUGCCUCUUUCCUCACUGUUGGAUGACUCUGAAGAUGAUGUUACAAGCUCUGUCAAUAAUGCUAUUUCUGCCAUCACUGCUGCAGCAGCAAACUGCAUGAGUGGCGAUCUUAACCACAGCGGGGGUCGAGGAGAUGACAGAAGGGAUAUCAUUGGAGGACUUCUUGGUGGUCUGGGUCUAGGCCCUCUAGGCUCACCCGGAGGUCCGUCUUCAACGUCUGGGAUGGAUAAAUCGUAUAGGGGUGGUGCGAGCCAGGAUGCCUUGGCUUCCAGCCAACAACCAAAUCAACAGACACCAGGCGGAAAACCUAAGCGGCCUCGAAAACCUCGUAAAAAGAAGGAACCUGGUACAGCAGGUGCAGAAGCUCCAAAAAGAAGACAGUCCUCUCAGAGGACAGGUAUUGGAGAUGUUCGACCAUAUUUGUGCAGCAUUUGUGGUCGAGGAUUUGCAAGAAGAGAAACCUUACGAAGGCAUGACCGCAUACAUACUGGAGAAAAGCCUCACCACUGUACAGUGUGUGGCAAAUACUUCAGAGAGGCAUUUCACCUCAGUAAACACCACACAGUACAUUCUGGUGAGAAAAACUACAAAUGUGUUCUUUGCGGAAAGGACUUUGGAUAUGCCCAGAGCCUUAAAAGACAUGGAAAGCUACAUCAGAAAGGAGAAAUGGAAGAAGUACCAACAACACCUGGAGGAGAAAAUCUUACCAGUUAUCCAGCCCCGGGUGGGAGCAUGAUUCCAAGUGGCCAGGGGAAUUCUACAUCAUUCUACCCGUACCCACAGGACGUCAAACCCCAAGCGCCGAAUCCUCCGCCUCCACCCAGACUCUACACGUGCGCUGUAUGUUGGAAAUCCUUCCGCCAUCACUUCCACCUUACGGCACAUCAUCAAACAGUGCACGAGGGAGGCGGUGACAAGUUGUUUUCUUGUGAGGUUUGUGGAAAGGCCUUCGCAUAUUCUAACAGCCUGACAAGACACAGGCUGUCUCAGCAUGGCCUAGCACGUACUGGUCAAGGAGGACCUCCGGGGAGUACGAGUGUGACUGGAGAAGACAGCGGUGUCGGGGGCUCUGUAUCUGAGAGUGAAGCUGCCACAAAUGCUUUGCUCCAGCUUGCACCAGCCGGUGGAGGCCAAGGAGACCAGCAGCCUCAUGGUGGAGUCCUUCACAGUCAUCAGCAGGCACCGCCCCAGCCGCAAGCUGGGUACUCGCCCUUGUUCUAUGUACCCGAGGCUGGUACGUCUCUCCCUUCUUCCUCUAAUACCGCCCCUUACUCCCAACCUCUACCUUCAAGUUCCUCCAUAAUGUCCCUCAGUCAUCAGCACACAGGAGUGAAAGGAGAGCCUACGUAUCAGACUGCCCAAAGACAUACACUCAACCCAAACCUACCUGUCCACUCACUUGUACUGCCUCCACCUGAACAACAGCAGCAGCACCACCACCACCACCACCACCACCACCACCAGCAGCACCAGCAGCAUCCAGCUGACGUCCAACCACACCACCACCACGGCUUCCACAGCGAGGAAGACCUGAGGCGCCGUAAGAAAAAAAAAAAAAGAUGGGACAGGAGAGAGAAGAUAGGCUACGAAUGGAGCCCGACCGCAAAAAGGGACAGGGAGCAGCUGGACCUCUCAGAUGGAGGAAGGAAGAAAAAUGAAAGGAGGAAACAUCAGAGGAGAAGGAGGAGAGCUUUUCGCCGAAGACAACGUAAAUUUCGGAAAAAAAUGGCUAUGCUAAUGAGGUUUAGACGAGGAGGCGGAGGAAGCAGUGUAGUAUGUGAACUGGGUCCUCCAGCAGAACUUGAGCUAUACAGACUGCUCUCUUUGCAAGUCCCUCUCAGACGAUUCCCAUGUCCCUUCUGCUUCCUGACAGCAUUUUCACGACGGGCAGCACUUGUGGUCCACAUAGCAGCUAGGCACUGUCCCAGAGUCAUGUGCCCCCCAGAUCGACUGAGGUGUCCAGUCUGUGGGAAACAGUCUCGCAGAUUCCUCUCAGCCCUCAUUCACAGGAGCUCUCAUUUAUCCAAUCGAGCAUUUUCUUGCAAACUCUGUCCCUCUCGUUUCUGGAACGCAGCGCUCCUCACGAGACACAAGAGGACUUGUCAGGGAAAACCGUCAGAGUUGAAACAAAGGAGAGCGCUUUGUUUGAAAUUGACAACAGGAAAAAUGUUAAAGAGGGGGGUGGGAAAAGGGAAUAUCUCAACCCUGCAAAUAGAAUACAGUCACUGAGUGCCCUUCGUUAAACAUAAAGACUAAUGUGUGGUAGAAAGACAUAUUGAAUUUUGCAUGACAAGUAUAGAGACUAAUCUGACUUGGUUCUCGGGCCUUCAGAAAGUCUUUUGAGUGCUGUUAGAGCUUAUUCUUUUCUCUUUCAUCAUCCACAGGUUCCUCUCAUAAACUGAACUUACAAAUUAAACCUCGAGCAAAGUUAGAAAGCAUUGCAAAUAUCUUUUAUAAAGAUAUCAGCCUCCCUCUCUUAAUUACUCCCAUCCAGUCUUCAAAAUGGUCCGACACCCCCGUGUGCAUUAAAGAAAACCUCGGCUCCUUGGCUGACAUUAGGCGAAUUUAUAGUCAUUUCACUAAUACAGUACUUUUCCCCUAACAGUAACGCUUACUGUUUUUCAGCAGAUGCUCUGUAGAAUUAUUCUGUCUCUGAUAUGUAUAACGUGUAGUUGAUGUUCACUUAGAGCAAGUGUGGGGAUGUGAGCUCUUUAGUAUAAAAAUGCAUUAGUAGCAUAAGGAGAAAAGAAAGACCCUAUGAGGAAGAUCAGUGUUUUGUUUAAAUCCAUGCAUGUUGAACACUGGUCUUAAUGUGUUGGAUGAGUGUUGAGAUUGUGGACUUUUAUCAGAAGGUUAAAUGGUGAAUACAAUUGGAAUUGUAUAAAAUGAAAUUGGAAAAAAAAAAAAAAAAAAAAAGGUUUCCCAGAAUAAGCUUUACUUUGUGUCUUCAUCUCCAUGCUAGUGAUUGUAGUGACUGAUCAAGAAGAGAACCAAUCAGAAGAGGUGUAUCAUCAGGCUAGUGCAAUGUCUGUCUUGAAUUUUUGCAAUGAAAACUAGCAUGAAGAAAGAAGAACCAGCACUUAAAUUGGAAAAGGCUUUCCUAGAUAAUCAGUAAUAAGGACUAUAACCAACCCUGCUCUUUGGGAGUUACUUGCAUGCAGAGUACAGUUCCCUGACCUGACUGACCUGAUGAAAAUGUCCACCGCACGGCUCCUAGAGUGAGAUGAGCUUUAUAAAGCAAUUUGGGGUGGAACUAUACUCUGCAGGAGAGUGACCCUUCAGGAACACAUUUGGAAAGACCCAAAUAACCAUAGAAUUCCAGGAUCGAAUUUCAGUAGAAUGAGGCAAUAAGCCCUCCUCAUAUUGAUAUUUCACCUGUUAGCACAGUGAAGCUUUUAUAGUCUAAGUUAGAAAUAGAAAGCAACAAGUGUACUGUAAUGUAAAUUGUGUCAAUAUUUUAUUAUUGUUAUGAUUUUUUAAAACAAAGGUCAAAUAUGUUUUUAUCAUAGCUACACUGCAGGUAGUAGGGAAAGAUAGUGAAAGUCACUUUAGAUCUGAUCUUGAUUAAUGUAUUAAUGUGUCUGACACAGUCUGUCAACUUGCCAACUAUGAACGUAUCCCUUAUACCUUUCUCACAGUUUCUUAUGUAGAGAUGCCAUACUACUCAUAGCUCAUCUUUUAUUUCUUGAGAAUAAGUAAUAAGUAUGUUUCUAUCACUUUAUUUGCCUAUGAUAAACUGGUUGUUGAUGAUACCCAAGCAUUUAAUAAAACUGUACAAGCUUA